AUGGCUGAGGCUGCAGAGGCAAGAGGCACUCGUUGGAAGUACUUUGUGAACUCUGAGAGACAAUCCCUGAAGGGAAGAUUCAUUCUGGAUUUGUCGCGCUUCGGAAGCCCGGUCCGGCUGGACGUCACGGCAUUUGCCAACAAGGUGCGCAGCGACAAAUGGUUGCUGCUAGCAGCAUGCCUUCUCAUCGACUUUAUUGGAAUGGCCAGCUACCUCGUCCUCCUGCUUGGUGAGGUCACUGACAUCAUGUGGGCACCCUUUGCUGGAUUCCUUCUGCAGUAUCUGUUUGGCAGCUGGCUGGUCUCUUCGCUGGGUGCGCUGGAAGAGUUCCUUCCGUUUACAGACAUCCUGCCAACCGCGACUCUGGCGUGGGCGAUUUGCCACGUGGAAUGCCUGAGAUUCCUACGGGCCGCUGCCUGCCUCCAGCAUUUUGCCCAUAAGGUGGAGUGCCCCCAGGUCCUGAAGCAGGUGACGAAGAUGCGGACCACAAAGAGCCGAAAUCACGCGGAGGUUCUGAAGCGAUUCCGCUUGACACGUUUCGGAUGGGAACGCCGGCGUGCGCAUCUUCGAGAUGGGAAAAAGCGCAGGCGGAGUCCGCAGCAAAAGAGGAACACGAACAAGAUAGACUUCGUCCACCGCCAUGACAUGCUCAAAAUGGUUCGAACGGCCUCGUACUUCAAAUUGCGCAUUCGCGAUUUUCCGAAGGAUCCGAAUCCGAACAUCAAAUCAACUCGUGCAAUAGUUGGGAGCCACUUCGGGUAG